UAAUUUUGCUCUCACCGAUCCUCCCGACUACUCCUUUCACCGUUAAAACAAACAGGCCCUCGACAACUGCCAAGAUACUAAGCGGUGACGUAAACAUUCAUUCGACAGCUCUACUUUCAAGCGAAAAGUUAAAAUAAAAAAUUAUUCGUCCGCCUGACUGUUCAAGGAUGGAGGAGCGGCUGUCAAUGGAACGUCACCACAUGUUAUCGACGACGUUAUUAUUGUUGUUAAAAGAGCCGAGCGGUUGUCAAAAUGGAAUAAUUAAUAUAAUUCAAGUAACAAAAGAAUGUCGACAAUGUACUUCGCUAAUGGGACACAGGCAUCCGUGAGUGCGCUGCAGUCAACAGCCCACGAUAUUAUAACACAGCACUUCGAUGUGUACCACGUAGAGGAACUGAUCUUGGCGCUUCUUGGCCGUGAGCGCGCGUUUCUGUCCGACGGCCAGAUAAGUCGGGACCUUGGACCUUGUUCUCCCUUAUCGGCGCACUAGGGUGCGGAGGGCGAUUGGCCUUCGCACUGGCAGCAAGGACGAUAAGGAGGGAGCCAGCGAUACGAAACAAAGCAAUAAUAUUACACGCCAGACGAGGUAGGUCAUGUUUCGAGUUCCUAAAACCACAAUGCCCAUUCUCACUUUACCUGUCAAUAAUUUUGGAAAGCAAUCGAAAGAAAAUCGUUACUGUGCUUACUCAUCGUACGAGUGCAACCAACCAUGUUUAGAUACGUAUUCAUAUUGUUCAAGACACAUAUUAGAAGAUCCGAGCGCUCCUUUUCAACAAUGUUGUUUUAUUUACAAUGUUAAUGGACGCAAAUGUCAAAAUGCAGCUCCUAAAUUAGACCGAAGAGAAGUUUCCUAUUGUGCAGAACAUACAAGAAAAGCUCAAAUAGCACGGUCAAAGUCUAUGUCAAAACAUUCUCUAGCGGAGAGUCCAGAAACCCUUUUAUUGAGUCUUGGACAUUAUGUGAAAUCGACAAAUCAAAAUUUAAAAACAGACAACUUGGAAGAUGGAAAAGUGAAAAUUUUAAAUCCAUUUACCGAAAUUGAUGUAUAUAGAGUAAAUGCAAAAGGACCAGAUAUUUUAGAUUAUGCCAGCUCUUCCAAUAGUGAUGUCGAACCAACAUUGAUUAGUGAUACUGUGAAAGGAGUUUAUCUCGAUGAUAGUGAAAACGAAAGCUUGCAUAGUUCAGAAGAGGAUCCGUUAAGGCACGCUGGGGUAUAUACAGCUGAAGAAGUUGUCUAUAUAACUAGAGAAAAGUUGAUGAGGUUACAAUCGCUGUAUAUCGAUCAAUUCAAAAGGUUGCAGUACACUUUAAAGGAAAAAAGAAGAAAAUAUUUGCAUGCUUUAAAGAAGGAAAAAGAAACUUUAUGUAGUAUUCAUGACCAAGCCAAGGAUACGGUUAAAGAAAAAAAAAUUUAUGCAAAGCUUAAGGCUUUAAAUAGUUAUCACAGGCGAAGUGGGGUAGAAGCUAUUCUGUAUAAAAAGUCAUUGGAAAGACGUGCUCAAGUAACGGAAGGCUCCGUACAAAAAACGCCAAGCGUACAGAAAUGUAUAUUUACCGAAGGUGGAGUGAAAUGUGGAGAACGAACUUUACCUUCGUCCAAAUACUGUCGCAAACAUAUACUAAAGGAUCAAAAUCAAGUACUAUUUAAAGCGUGUGGAGCUGUAGAAGCAGACAUGGAGUGUCAUGAACCAAUACCUGUAAUCUUUGAUACAAAUUGUGUAUUUCAUUCUCGGUUACCGCACGAAUUAAAAUUAAAACCUAUGAAGUUCAAAGAAGAAAAACCAGAAACUCAGGACCACAUGAUAAAUAAUUUAGGCUUAGAAAUCGACGUUGUUGGUGAUAAUCAAGAGAUUGAUCCCGAUGAUGACAUGGCCGGCAUAAUGCGUGAAAUGAAUGAUGUUGUAAAUAAGAAAUCGAAUUUUAAUGAAAGUAUUAAUAGCGAGGCGAGCACAGACACAGCGUUUAGUCUCACUGCACAAAUGAGCGAUAGGGAUGAUCUUAUAUCAAUAUGAAAAUAAUAAAAAGAGCGGU